AUGGAUAUGAAUGAUAAAGGGACAAAGAAACUUUCCCUCUCGACAGAGUUUAUCAAUGGUUCAACUUUGGUAAAUAAUGGUAAUAAUAAUGAUACUGCUGAAAAAGAUAAUGUAUAG